AUGACAGUAGUUAAUGUAAAUGCUCACUUGGGCGCUUUAGACCAAGCCCAGAAUGACGACUUUUAUACCGCAGCUGUUGUUGAAUUUUCUCUUCCAACAACACCCAAUGUCGUGACAGAAUGCUCCAGCAUGGCAUCAAACAUAUACUUUACCCCACAUCAUGGUUCUCAUAUUUACCUUUCUAUACAUCACUUCAAAUUCAACAAAGCUUUAGCUAUGGUAACAACAUUACAGUUGAUUCUCUCCAGGAUCCCUAAAGAUACUGAAACAUACUCUAUGCAUAUAACAGACAGCGUUGUGAAAAGAUAUAGUCUGAAACAAUUGGAUGAACUUCUCAUUAAGCAUAUCCCUUUAUCAUUUGCUGUAGAAUUGCCAAGCAACAAUGAGAUUCGAAGAUUUUGCAGUGAUAAAAUAUGCUGCGAGUUUACCAUGAAAUAUAAGAAACAUGAAAUGAAAGUGAAUGAAUCAUUUCACUAUAAAGUGACAGUUUUCUCAGGAAAAGAGAAGCAAAUUAAUGAACAUUCAAAGGAGAUUUACUGCGCUGUUGUCGCUUGCACUUCAGAUUCAACAAAAUCUUGCGGAACUCGAUUUCAACCAAGUGACAAUCUCAAGCCGUCGGUUAAGUUUGAAAGAAUAAAGAUAAAAAUGAUCGUUGAAUUGGAAACAGCUCAAAACGACUACUUGGUUAUGCCAACAAAUGUCGACUUUUCAAUAUUGCCUCUCGACACGUCCCAGUAUAACUUUGAAAGGAGCGCCGUUUACAGUAACGAAGACAAACAGUAUAUCAAUUACACAACGAUUUUGACGAGUGAAAACGAGAGUAUCAUGACCUUUGGCGUCCUAGGGAGAGUCUUUCAAUUGGAUGAAAUUGGUGAAGAAGACAUUCCAAGUUUACUUUACUUGUUGCUUACUGUAUCAAAUGCAACAAAUGUGAGCAUUUGGAAUGAAAACUUCACGUCGUAUGGCUUGGAUGAAGUUGAACAUUUAGUAUCAUUAUCUGUAUUCAUAUUAUUCAGCUUCAUAUUUUUUGCUGGAUUAAUCGGAAAUGGAUUGGUUGUGAUUGGCGUUCCAUUCACUGCAACUGAUUACAUACUCAACUCUUGGCCAUUCGGAGACUUCAUGUGUCGAUUUGUUCAAUAUAUGAUUGUUGUGACAUGUCAUGCAAGUGUUUAUACGCUGGUGCUGAUGUCCUUGGAUAGAUAUUUAGCAGUAGUUCAUCCCGUAUCAAGUAUCGCAUUUCGCACUGAGAAGAAUGCAUCAUUAUCCAUUGCCGUGAUUUGGCUACUUAUAACUAUCACAGGAAUACCAGUCAUGCUAUCGCAUGGUGAAACCAUAUUCUUAUUCGAUUUCAACGUCGUAAUGGUUAAAUGUAUUUUUCUUUCACAUGAGGGAUAUAACUGGGCGGCGUUCCAAGUUUCAUUUUUCCUAUCAUCAUAUGUGGUUCCAUUGACGUUGAUUUCAGUCUUGUAUGUUUGUAUGCUUGUAAGUCUGUGGAGAGGGCAAGCACCUGGUGGAACAUUAUCUGCCGAAUCAAGACGUGGAAAAAAGAGAGUAACGCGAAUGAUUGUUGCAGUUGUUCUGGCUUUUGCAAUCUGCUGGCUUCCCAUUCAAGUUAUUUUAGUCCUUAAAUCUAUCGACGUUUAUCACCAGACAACAUUUCUUGUUGGCUUUCAAAUAGUGUCACAUGUUCUAGCAUAUCUCUCAUCCUGUGUCAACCCAUUGCUGUAUGCAUUUUUAUCAGAAAACUUCCGCAAGGCAUUUCGAAAAGUCGUCAAGUGCGGUGGUAGUCAAACUUUUCAGACGCGCUUAACAUCAAAAAUAUCAAGAGCGGGAAAUGGCCAUAGUCACGAUAUUUUGUAAAAUCGAUAAAGUCAC